AUGGCUAUCAGAGGGAGCACAAGUUGGCGGACAGCCCGUGUUUCCAAGAAACUGUGGAGCACGUUCAGGACCAACUAUCAUUUGGGCUUCACUGCCUUUGGAGGCCCGCCAGUGCAUUUCAAGAUUCUCCGCGAGAAAUUUGUGGUCAAGCUGGGAUGGAUCGAUGAACAAAUUCGUGUGCCAGGCCUUCUCUGGACCUGGCAGCACCAAGAUGCAUUACUGCAUUAA